CCCGAGCAUUGCAGAACCGCCCUGGUGGCGCAGGCGAGCCGAAGAAAGGAGACCUUUAUGCCUCUUUGAGGGAAGCACACAUUCUGCAAGGCUCUGGAAACAAGGAGAGGAACUGUUUGUAGCCCUAUUCCAGACGUCCCAAACAAACAUUUUCUGUAGCCUGUUCAAGGAUGACGAUGCCCUUCACUUUCUACCUGAGGUCCUGCCUUCUACAAAAGAAAUCAAACAUCAGAAACACAGCCAGCAUGGCUGGGGGGCUCAGACCAGCCAGUGUGGUGGUCCUGCCCAGGCCCCUUGCUCUGGCCUUGGAAAGGUUCUGCCAGGCCAGCACUGGUCCUCUGCUCCUGCUGGGCCAAAGCGAGCCAGAAAAGUGGAUGCUGCCUGCCCUAGGCGCUGUCCCAGACACCAGGACAGGCUGUCCCCAGUUCUGGAAAUACGAGUUUGACACCUGCAUGGGCAGUGUGACCUUGCUGGAAGAGUACUCGGAGCAUCUGAAGGACAUGGUGGCCUUUGUCCUGUGCUGCAGCUUCUCCCUGGAAGAAGCCUUGGAGAAGGUGGAGCUCCCCAGAAGAGACCCAGCAGGUCCCAGCCAUAUGGGCGCAUACAAGACAACAGUGCCUUGUGCCACCAUUGCUGGCUUUUACUGCCCUCUGGUGGUCACAGUGAGGCCCAUUCCCAAGGACGAGCUAGGAAGGCUGGUACAGGCCGGUUGCUUCACCGGGAAUGAGCAUGGACAGCCCGUUCACAUGGGCGAUCCCGAGCUGUUGGGAAUCAAGGAACUUUCCAAGCCUGACUACGGGACUCCUGUAGAGUGCCAGCCAGGGGAUAUUCCAGUGUUCCGGCCUUCUCAGCUGGCCAGUCUUGAGGCUGUCAGCAGCUGCAAGGCCCCACUGGCUUUCACCAGCAUGCCAGGCUACACAGUUAUGACGAACCUGAAGGACACAAACGCUUCAGCCAGUUGUCUCAACUCUGAGAGAAUUCCAGAGGUCCGUCACAUUUCCCAGGAUCCUUUGCACUACAGCGUUGCAUCAGCUUCAGCGGCUCAGAAGAUCAGAGAACUGGAGACUGUCAUUGCAGUAGACCCAGGCAACCGGGGGAUCGGGCACCUGCUCUGUAAAGAUGAGCUGCUGAAGGCUCUGUCGCUGUCCCACACCCGCUCCGUGCUCAUCUCCACCGGGUUCCCACACUUCAACCAUGAGCCUCCGGAAGAGAUAGAUGGCCCACUGGGAGCCAUUGCUCUGGCUGCCUUCCUGCAGGCCUUGGAGAAGGAGGUCUCCAUGGUUGUUGACCAGAGAGCCUUGAGCUUACACGAGAAGCUUGUUGAAGACGCUGUCAAGCAAGGUGUUCUGAAGACACGGAUCCUGUUAACUUACCAAGGUGCAUCUGUGGAAGCUGCUCAGGCAUUUCUGUACAAAGAUGGGGACCCCAAGUCACCUAGAUUUGACCACCUGGUGGCCAUAGAGCGAGCAGGAAGGGCUGCUGACGGUAAUUACUACAAUGUCAGGAAGAUGAACAUGCACUUAGUGGACUCCGUUGACGAUCUUUUCCUUGUAGCGAGGAAGAUUCCUGGAAUCUCAUCAACUGGAGUUGGUGAUGGAGGCAAUGAACUUGGGAUGGGCAAAGUCAAGGAGGCCGUGAAGAGGCGCAUACGAACUGGAGAUGUCAUUGCUUGUCACAUGGAGGCUGACUUUGCUGUCAUUGCUGGUGUUUCUAACUGGGGAGGCUACGCCUUGGCCUGUGCAGUGUACAUACUGAGCUCAUGUGAGGUCCACGGACAUUACCUGAGGAACGAAAUUGGACUUCCCAGAGCACCUGGGGAGCAGAGCUGGACUCAAGCCCUGCCAUCCGUCACUAAGGAAGAAAAAAUGUUGGGCAUCUUGGUGCAGCACAAAGUCCGGAGUGGAGUCUCGGGCAUCGUGGGCAGGGAGGCGGACGGGCUGCCCUUCCAUGGAGUCCACACUGAGAUGAUCCGGAAGCUGCUGGUGGUCACCACGGUGCACGUGGAGUUCCUCCCCUAG